UCUUACGUGGUGAGCCCUUCUCAACUCUGGUUCUCCGUUCCCUCUUCAAAAAAUAGCCCUCAGGGUCUCUCGCUCUCGCUCUCAUUCUGUCUGGAGUGAGGUAAUGGAAUUAGGAGCGAAGGAUCCGAUGGCGAUGAUGCGGGAGUUCCUGCGGGAGGCCGGAGGAUGCGCGGUGAUCGACGGCGGUCUCGCGACGGAGAUGGAAGCCAAUGGUGCUGAUCUCAAGGACGCGCUCUGGAGCGCCAAGUGCCUGUUCACCUCCCCCGAUCUCAUCAAGAAGGUUCACCUGGACUACCUUGAAGCAGGUGCAAAUAUUCUUACAACAGCAUCGUAUCAGGCUACUAUUCAAGGUUUUGAGUCUAGAGGCUUUUCUAGAGAGGAAAGUGAAGCAUUAUUAAGGAGAAGUGUUGAAAUUGCAUAUGAAGCACGAGAUAUAUUUCAGAAGAGAUACUUAAAAGGCCCUCAAAAUGCUGAUAAAAAGGAAAAUACUUUCAAACAACGCCCUAUAUUGGUUGCAGCAUCUGUAGGAAGCUAUGGAGCAUAUUUAGCUGAUGGUUCUGAGUACAGCGGCAAUUAUGGAGAAGCUGUUACCUUGGAAACUCUUAAAGAUUUCCAUAGGAGAAGGCUUCAGGUUCUUUCAGAAGCAGGUGCUGACAUAAUUGCUUUUGAGACAAUUCCAAAUAAAUUAGAAGCACAGGUAUACGCUGAGUUACUUGAGGAAUGUAAUAUAAAGAUUCCAGCUUGGUUUUCUUUUAAUUCAAAGGAUGGGAUCAAUGUUGUCAGUGGAGAUUCCUUGAUAGAGUGUGUUUCUAUUGCUGAUUCAUGUGAAAAUGUUGUUGCAAUUGGAAUCAACUGCACUGCCCCUAGAAAUAUUCACGGGCUUGUUCUCUCUAUUCGAAAGGUGACAAAUAAACCAAUUUUAGUCUAUCCAAACAGUGGUGAGAGCUAUGAUGCUGAUAGAAAAGAAUGGGUGGCAUCCACAGAUGUUUCAGAUGAAGAUUUUGUCUCCUAUGUUAGCAGGUGGCAUGAAGCUGGAGCUUUGCUUAUAGGUGGCUGCUGCAGGACAACUCCAAAAACCAUAAGAGCCAUUUCGGGAGCCCUGCACAAGGAAGAUGAUGUUUUUAAGCCAGAUGGAAUCCAGAUAUAAUAAUAUAUCUAUAGGCUUAAUUUUAACGUACUCAUGCUAAACUCUGCAUUAAAAGUUUGCCUUUUCCCCUGAAAUGCUAGUGCUUACUCUGUAAAUAUCUGGGAAGAACUGAUGCAGGUAAAGUGUGAUCAUUGUGUCGUUGUUGUAUUUUGCUCGGACUGCCUUCGUGGCUAUCUGCUUAAAAUGAUAUCAGAUAAUGUAGUUCCUUCUAGUGUAGUACAUAACUUGGAAGUGGAAAUUGUGACCUUGCAAGGUGUUUGAAAAA